AGUUUCUUGAUGGGUUCCGAGCUUUAGAGCAUCUCAAUUUCUCCCGUAGACCAAUACACGACGGACAACCUCUGAACACUGCAGUUCAAUUCCCGCCCACCCGACAAAAGACAUCAAUCACGAGCUUCAAAAUGACUUUCGCGUGGAAAGCCGCUGGCAUUACCUACAACCGCUACCUGGCCAUUGCAGGCCGCGCGGUUCGCCGCAGCCUGAAGGAGGAUAAGAGAAUUGCUGCCGAGCGCCGCGGCGAGAUGGAGUUGCGGUUCGCCAAGUGGAACAACGGCAAGCAGGGUGAGGUCCAGAACCUUGCCGAGGCCAACAACGCCGCGGCCGCUGGCUCGAGCUCGUCAUAAGCAUGUGCUAUAGAUGGGAUAGAGGAGAGAGAGGGGGGAGGCCUGGCGAUGUGGUGACGGAGUUGCUGCAUCGGGCGGUAAUCGAGCGAGGUGGCCGCUGAGCAUCGCGAAAGAGCUGUAUUAUCAAACCCAUUGAGUUUGAAUGCCAACGAUAGAUAUUGAAGACUAUCUAACAAGCUCUUCAGGGUGAUGCAA